AUGUCUACAGCAUCACAGGCAAAAGAUGAAUUCAAUGAGGCCACUGCAAGGUAUCUCGAUUGGUUGAAAUCUCACAAUGUUGACAUAUCACCUAAAAUCACCAUACAUGAUUACACCUCAAUCAACCAAGGACGUGGAGUGAUUGCCUUGGAUAAUAUUAAGGAAGGAGAAGUUUUGGCUACAAUACCUAAAACAGCACUAAUCAAUGUCAAGCAUAAUUUGCUUGUUGACAACUUCCCCAAUUUAAAGCAUUAUUUAAUGAGGUUGCCUCACUGGGAGGCAUUGAUAAUCAUAUUAUUGUAUGAAUUACAUAACAAGCAACAAAGUCCGUGGUUGGAGUAUAUUAAUGUUUUACCGCAGCUGGGUUUUGAUCAAUUGAUGUUUUGGAGUUCAAAUGAAUUGAAUUUGUUACAGCCCAGUUGUGUAUUGGAUAGAGUAGGGAAAGAAGCAGCAAAGGAAAUGUUUCACAAGAUCUUGGACAUUGUGAAAGAUUUGAAAAUUGAAGGUCUCUCUGAUGUAACUUUUGAGGAGUAUAAUACUGUGGCUACGCUAAUCAUGUCCUACUCGUUCGACGUUGAGUUGACGAAACAAGAGGAAAAAGAGAUGAAAACCCAACUUGGUGUGGCAGAUGAGGAAAAUGAGGAUGGCUUUGAUGAUGAAGACGAUGAUGUUCCUGAGUUGGUGCAACAUGGGAACAACUCGAAUACUGACGCCGCUGAUGUGAAGACAUUGCUUGAAAGAAAUGGAAUACCACUAGAUGAGGCUGAGGAAGGAAGUGUUGAGCCUGUAGAGCUUGCGGUUGAUGAAUCGGAGGAUAACGAUAAUGAAGAAAGUGAAUUAAAAAAAGGCGAAGAUGAGGGUAAUGAAGAAGAAGAAGAAGAAAAUGAGGAGGAGGAGGAGGAGGAGGAGGAGGAGGAGGAAGAAAGCGAUGACGAUGCUGAAUCUGGAUCACCAGAAAUACUCAACGAUGGAUGUAUCAAAUCAAUGGUUCCAUUAGCUGACACGUUGAACGCUGAUACUCACUACAACAAUGCUGUAAUAAAUUACGAAGAAAACAACUUAGUAAUCACCAGUAUAAAGGCCAUCAAAAAAGGCGAUCAAAUCUUCAACACAUACUCCAAUCACCCUAAUGGUGAAAUAUUACGCAGAUAUGGCUAUGUCGAACCACAAGGGUCAAAGGGGGAUUUUGGUGAAAUUCCGAUUUCAAUCAUAUAUCAAUUUUUUAUCGAAAAGUAUGUGGUUCGUGAAUCUGAGUUGGGUCAUUUGCUUGAACUCAUUGGUGAAGUAUCGUAUCAGGAACAAAUGAUUGAUGAUGAAGAUGGAGGGUUUGAACUUAUCUUGGACUCUUAUGACUGUUUUAGUACUGGUGAAGUCACUAUUGAAUUGGUGUUUUUGAUUCAAUUUUUGACCACUUAUUUGACGAUACUCAAAGACAACGAUAACAACACAGUGGAUAUCACAUUGGGUUCAGUAAAACGUGUUUACCGAAAAAUUUAUCAACUUAUCGAAUCGAAAAAGGUAACGUCAGAUUUGAUUAAAAAUUUGACGGAGAUUUUUGAAAUUAGAUUGGACCAGUAUCCUGAUUAUGCGUCAGAACCAUUCAGUAAAGACCUAGAAACAAUGACUCGAGAUAUUAUGGCGAAAAUUGUAUUGCAGAGUGAAUUUCAGUCGUUGCGGGCGUGUCAACAAGAUGUACAAAAGACGGUGGGAAGGACGUUGGAUGCAUCGGUUAAAGUUGUAGCUAGUGAUAAAUUGGUUAGAGCUAUAGCCAAGAGUGGUGAAAGUGGGAGCAAGAAAGAUACCGAAAGGACCUCAGGGGAGAAGAGAGGUAAUGAAAAUGAGGGAGGAAGAUCAAAAAAGACGAAGAUGAGAAAGAAUUAG